AUGGCUGAUGUUUGGACAGAUGUGAGGCAACGAACUUUGAUAAAUUUUCUUGUCUAUUCUACACAUGGCAUAGUAUUUGUGAAAUUUGUUGAUACUUCUAAUUUAGUGAAAGAUACCAAGAUUUUAUUCUCAUUAUUUUCUGAAGUGAUUGAGCGGGUUGGUCCCAAAAAUAUUGUAUAUGUGAUGACUGAUAAUACUACUAAUUAUGUAGCUUGUGGCAAGUUGAUUAAAGAGAAAUAUAAAAGUAUUUAUUGGUCACCUUGUGCUGCUCAUUGCUUGAAUCUUACUUUGAAAGACAUUGCAAGUAUGUCUCAUGUGUCACAACUUGCAACAAAAGCAUCAAAAAUCACUGUGUUUGUUUAUAAUCAUAUGGUCUUCCUAUCAUGGCUCAAGAAAAGAAAGGGUUGGAAAGAAAUUGUGCGUCCUAGUGUGACAAGGUUUGCUACAACAUUUAUCAUAUUGCAUAGCAUAUAUAUGCACAAGCAUGACUUACAAGCUUUAAUCACUGAUAAGCAUUUUGUGGAUCACAAAUUAUUAAGGACCAAAGCUGGAAUAAUUGCUAGUGUCAUCAUAUUAGAUAAUCAGUUUUCGAAUGAAUGUCUUGAAGUUGUGAAGAUUGUGUCUCCUCUUAUAAAGUUGUUGAGAAUUGUUGAUUCAGAUGAGAAGCCUUCUUUGCCUUAUGUUUAUGAAGGCAUGCAAAGGGCAAAAAAAGCAAUUAAGGCAGUCUUCACUAAUAAGAAAGACCAAUACAAGCCUUACAUAGAUAUAAUCCAAGCCCGAUGGGAUAAGCACUUGAAGACUAAUCUUCAUGCAGCAGCAUAUUUGUUGAACCCUGCCUUCUUGUAUGAUGAUGACUUUGUUCACAAAAGAAGGUUAAUGGAUGCUAUGCUUUCAGUGUUUAAGUCAACUGAAAAUGAAGAUGUUGAUUAUAUUGUGAUAAUGAAACAGUUGAGCUUGUAUCGUGAUCGUAAAGAAUCUUUUGAUAAAGCUUCAUGUCAUAGAGCAGCACAGAAGCUAGACCCUUAUGAAUGGUGGUCGUUUUAUGGAAGUUCUGUUCCAGAGUUGCAAAAUCUUGCAAUGCGUAUUCUUAGUCAAACUUCUUCCUCUUCUGAGGAACAAGAGCCAGCUCCAGAGUUUGAUGCUGAUGAUGUCACUAAUUUAGAAAGUGCUAUGCAUAAUGAGAAUGUUGUAGCUUCAUCAACUUCUGAGAGAAAUAAUGAAGGUGAAGAAGAUAUGAAUAUUUCAGAGCAUUCACAUUUAAAUGAUAAUGUUGGAAGUGGUUCUGAUUUCUCUCAAUCAUCUCCUAAUGUUUCAAUCCUUACUUUCAGAGAUUUGAAUGAAAUUAAUAAGGAUUUUGGUGUUGAUUAUUAUUAG